CAGUAUAUAAACAUGUAGAAUCACGAAAAAAUCAUUAUCAUUAAAAAAAUUAGGCAAAUAAAAUUAUGUUUAAAUUAUGAGUCGUAAAACUAGAUCUUUGGAUAGAUCUUCGUCUAUUUCAUCAGAAAAUCGGAUUCGACAAACAAAUAGAUCAAAAUCUGAACCGAAAAAAAGUAAUAAAAAUAACUUGAUCGUUUAUAAUGGAAUAUGUGAUUUACCUGAUUUUUAUUCAACUAUUUUGGGGCCUACAGCUGACGAAACGUUUCUAGUUGGAUUAGAAACUUUAUUGAAAUUAGGAUUUGGAUAUAAUACUCAAAUUGUGACCGAUGAGGAUAUAACCGAAACAUCAGAAAGCCGAAAAAACGAUGAUUUUAAAAUAGAGGAGGAAAUUAGCGAAGAAAAAAGUUUAAUUUCUAAAGAAGAAUUAAAUGAAAAUGAUUCUGUUACGUCAUCCAGACAAUUAACAUCAGUAGUUUACGAAGAAGAAACACCUGAAGAUGAUGAUGAAAUCGAAACAAAUCUACAACAAACAAUUUUAUCUAUAACGUCAACAACUUCGCGUGAAACGAGAAAAAAAUCGAGUUUCAGAAUAUCCGUUGAGGAUAACAAUGAAGUUAUACAACUUACCAGCCAACAAAAAACGAGCGACGAAUCGAAAUUUACCAAAAAAAAACUUCCCCCGCCAACCGUAGAAGAAAAACCGAUUAAAACGAGAAAAAAAAGAAUCUCGUCGACGGAUGACGUAAUCGAAAAAGAAGAUAAACAACCGACGUCAAUCGAUAACGUAUCGAAAAAAGAGAGACUCUCUUUUAAUUUCGAAAUAAUCGAAGAAGAAGAAGAGCGACAAUCGAAAAAAGAACCAUCGUUGGAAUCGAUUCGAGAAAUCCACAAACCGGAAAUGAUCAUAUCGAUUUCUAGCGAAUACGCCGACGCGGAAAAGGAAACUGCGAGUUUCGACGAAAUUAAAAAAGAAGAAGAGUUCAAUAUGGAACAAAUCGAAGAUACGUCGCCGGCGAUAGAAGAAGAAGAAUCUAGAAGAGGAUCGAAUAGAUCGUCUAGAUCGGGUUCUUCGGAUAAACGUGUUUUAAUAUCGAGUUUAAAAGCGAUAUCGCACGAAGAUUCCGCGCGCGUCGAAGAAGAAGAAGAAGAAGAAAUAACGAGACGGAAAUCUUCAAUUGAAUCGAAUAAAUUUAAAAUCGUCGUUGAGUCCGGCAACACCGCCAGCGAAAUUGUCGUAGAAGACGAAAUUAAACCCGAAUCUACCGAUAUAAUUGAAUCGUCACGUGACCGUAUCGAUAAUUAUUCCGAAAAAGAAUUGGCUGAUCACGUGAUGAGUAAAAAUGUUAUUUCUACGGUAUCCAAUGAAGAUGGCGCGCGAAAAGAAUCAGCGGAAUCUAGCCACCGCCCCAGUCGAACGAGAUCCCAGGCAACCCUCAACAUAGAAAUAACUAAAAAGUCAUUGGACGGUUCACAAAACUCGAGUUUUGGCCGUCAAAAUGUAUCGAAAAUGUCACACGAAUUGACUUCUACCAUACAAGAAGAAGAAUCCCAAGAGAUUGAAGAUUCGGACGAAUUCGAAAAUAUCGAAGAUAAACAAUCCAGUUUAAUCAAAACAUCUCAAUUAGAUCACCAAACGAUAAAUGAAUCAGUUGACAAUAAAAGAUCCAGUUUAAAAUCCACGGAAAUACCUUCGAUACAUUCCAAAUUAUCAAAGGAUAAAAGCAGUGUUAAAAGACCAUCGAAUUCUUCGGAAAGAUCACCGAGAGGAUCAAAACAAUCAUAUGGAAGUAUAAGAACGUCUCAUUUUGAUCAGCAAUCAGAAGUCAAUAGAAGACCGAGUUUAAAAUCCACAGAAAUAUCCUUAACGCAUUCUAAACUAUCAGGGGAUAAAAUUAGCGUUAAAAGACCAUCGAAUUCUUCAGAUAGAUCACCGAGAGGAUCGAAACAAUCACGUGGUACUAUAAGAACGUCUCCCUUAGAUCAGCAAUCAGAAGACAAUCGAAGAUCCAGUGUAAAAUCCACUGAAAUAUCCUUAACGCGUUCAAAAUUAUCUGGUGAUAAAAAUACCAUUAGGAAUUCGAAAAAAUCAUUUGACAGGGUUUCCAGAGGAUCUAAAUCCUUUGAAAAUAGUUUUGAUAAUGUUAAAGUGAAAAUAUCGCAAGGAACUAUUGAAGAAGUUACUGAAGAAUCAGAUGGAGACGUCGGGGUUGAACCAGAACGAUCAGUUCGAAGCGCUACGAUUGAAAAAUCGAUUAAAUCGUUAGAUUCUGUAGAAGAAAUUGAUGAUGACGUACAAGAAGAACCGCAACGAAUCAGAAGAAAAAGUAAAGAAAGUUCGAUUAGAUCAAGAAAAACCUCGAAAUCUAGCGUUUCGGAUACAAAAGUGGGACGUGAAACUCCACUAGAAUUGACCGAAGAUACUGUGGAAUCGGAAUAUUCUUUGGGUUCUAAAAAAUCAGAUUUUUCUAAAAGUAAACAAAGCCGUAAUGGUAGUUUAUAUAAAUCGACUAAAUCUACUGGAAGUUCCACUAAAUAUACAGAAUAUUCAUCGACGCCCGUUUUACAACUUGGAAAAUCAUCGACUCACGACAAGAGUUCUUCAGCGUCUGUUUUAAAAUCGACAAGUUCCUCGAAAACUGACAGUUACACAUGUACGUGUAAUAUACAAGGUGACACUGAAGUGUGUCAAUGUGGCGAUAGUAAUUCAAAAUGCGCCUGUUGUGUUUGUCCCGAUAAAAAUUUUCCAGACACAUUUCCACAAGGUCCUUGUCCUUUCCUUAAACCUUGCAUAAAGACUACAGUACGUAAGUCUAGCGCUGUUUGUUCGUGUUGUAGAUCGUUACCUUUAGAAGAAAAUAUCGGUGACGAUAAUAAAAAUCAAAAACUAUGUUUCGAUUGUUACACGAGUACGUCUACUACCGGAACUGAUUCGGAAACGUCAUCUAAAUUUUUACAAAAUGGCGUUAUUUCGAAAGGGAAAGUUCGUUACGCCAUUACGAAAAUAACCGAAUACGGGAAAUUUACUACUUUCGAAAUAAUGAAAAGUACUAGGAAAGUACCAAAGUUUAUGCCGACAAGAUUAGAAGGUGUUUUCGUACUUAAACAUAAAAUUUAAUUUCAAUCAUAUGUGAUAUUUUCAAUUUGGAAAUUAUUUAAUACAAAGUUACCUAUAAGUAGUUCAUUUAAUACAUUUUGUAUUUCAAAAAGAGAAGAAUUAUGACAUUUAAUAAAUCCAUAGAUAAAACAAAAAAGUAGAGGUUAAAUAUUGUUAAAGAAAUUAAAUUGGAAAAAUAUGACAAAAACAAGAAUUUAAACGUUUUUCAUACAAAUAAAGUUGUGAUAAUUUUCUUAUAAUACUGAAUUAUGUGAAUAAAAUUCUUAUACAAAAUGUUUCAUUGUAAAAAUAGAAAAUAUAUGAUUGAAUACCAAA